GACUGAGAAGCGGGUACCAUCCUGUACAUGGUGGGCUUUCCUCGGCGUUUUUACUUUCAAUUUCAGACAAAUCGUCUGUCGGACUUUGGUCUCAACGAUUUUUAUUACCAGGACCUCUAUUUACUCUCAAGACUAACGGGACAUAAUGUUUUCUCUCUGUUACGCAUUUCUCGCUGUUUCUUUGUUGAACUCUCUGCACGACUUUCAUGUGUCCAGCUGUGGUGGAAACUGUACAGAUAAACCUGUAUUCACUCCAUCCAGACUGGUAGUGAAGUUUGGUGACCCAACCUCUGCCACGUGCUUGGUUUGUCAGCACGCUUGCCUAAACAAUACAUAUGGUUUGGAAAAGUCUGUGGGGAAUGCUACAAAAAAUGGAACCACAAUUUCAUGGAGAGUUGACAGCCUGACUGAAUUGGAUAUAAAUGCCAUUCUGUGCUAUUAUACUGGUGAUGAUAAUAACCAGUGUUGUAGCACCCUGCCUAUAACCGUCUAUCAGCCUCCAAAAAAUGUCAGUUUCAGCUUCCUAAAUCACUCUGGGUCGAUGACUGCGGGUCAUCUGUACACACUGCAGUGUCACAUCCAGGAAGUUGCUCCUGUUGGUAACCUCAAUGUGACCUUCUACAGAGGACAGACAGAACUGCACAGACUACAGUCCAACAACACAGAAAAGACAGCAGUGACUGAGACCUUCACUCUGGAUAUCACCCCUAGUAAAGAAGAUGAUGGAGGACAGUACUGGUGUGAAGCCAAGCUAGACCUGGGACCUGAAGGACCACAGCCUCCUCCAGUGGUGGAGUCAGGAAAACUCACAGCAACAGUCUACUAUGAGCCUCAGCUAAAGGGGCCAUCACAUCCAGAUCUGAUCACCGUCAUGAAAGGAGACCGUCUACAACUGAACUGCUCUGCUGUGGGAAACCCCAGCCCCUCCUACAACUGGACGCUCCCAUCAGCCACUGGUUCCCCCUUCAGUGACGACAUUCUCACUAUCGAGUCUGUAACUUUGGAGCACAAGGGGCAGUACAUCUGUUCUGUCCACAACAACAUCGGGACUGUCACUGUGAAGUUUAACGUGGAUGUCAAGGAGAACUACACGUACAUUAUUUUAGCCGUGGUACUAUCAGUCAUUGUUCUGGCUGCAAUUGUCUUCAUCAUUGUAUACAUCCAUCUGUACAAACACAACCAAAUGGGGCGGUACAACCUGAGGGACGUUUUCCGUUAUCGCUCUCAACAUGUUGCUGUGCCUACUGGAGAGUAAAUUUGCAGGUGAGGCAUCACAUGUGUGUGGACAACCUGAAACUGUUGAUAUGUCAUAAGCUGCAGUUAGCUGUAAAGCACUGAUGUACUUAUCCUAACCCAAACUACUGUAGAAAUCACCAGAAGUCUCUAUAUCUCAUGUUUAACACAUACUUGCUGUACAUAUGGUUAAACUCAGGUUGAAGCCGACACAUUGAAAUGUUGCUCUGUUUAAAGGUUCUGUAUGUAGGAAUCAGAAAUAUCUUCUCUUUAGUGACAUCUGUGGCCGUUAAAUGAAGUUCAGUCAACAACCUGGUGCUCACGCUCGUGUGUUCAUGGCGUGAGACUGUUGUAAGUGAUCUCUUUUUCCGUGCUUACACUUCUCAUAAUUACAUAAAAGAUUUCUAAUGUUGUGUUUUGGACCAUGUUUCAUCAAAGCAUCUCUCAUCAUCAGUCAGCCCCCCCCCCCCC